AUGUACAAUCUUUGUUCCUUGCGAAAGUUCAAUCCUGCGUGACCACUCGUGUACUUAGAGUGCGAAUAGGAAGUCUUCACUUGACCUGGGAUCUCUUUGAGAUGCCUUCGGCCCCCUAUGUAUUUGUGUAUAGUAAGUAUGUAGUUGGCAUCCAGCAAAACUGACCGAAUGAGUAGUAAGCAUCCCCAGUAUGUACGUAUGUAUGUACUAGACUGUGUCCUUUGCAGGAAGAAAUGGGGGUAGACGACGAACUUGAAACGAAACGAUCCAAAGUUGUCGAUUUCGUGAAACUUGGAAAGCCGACAGGGCUGGGGACGACCUCAUAUAUAAGCCUAAGUAGUGCGUAAUCUCUGGCGUGGAACUUGAGCACCUGGGGAUGCCCCCUCCCCAGCAUCGUCCCAUUUCAAGCGGCCACGGAACGUUGACGAGGCUAUCAGGAUCCAAAAACCUUUAGUGAACAAACUCUUGGUGAGCAACAAUGCACCUCAGUUCUCAUAUCGAGAAGACGUGUGUGUGAGGGAGUUCCUUUAUACUUCAAACAGUGCUUCUUACUUUUAACAAUCAAGCUCAAACGGAAUUCAAGGCAAUGAUGGGCUAUGGAGCUAAUGCAAUGGUGGACGGUUGCAAUCAUGUGAUGCCGGUGAAAUCCAAGGCAAUUAGGCUUCUAUAACAACGGCAUUCCCAAAACCAAUCAUCAAACAACCUGAAAAAUGUUCAAAUUAAAGCGGCGAAUUUUCCCUCGGCGAAAGUCGGGGGUCAACGAGGGUGGGGGUUCCGACGGUGAAAACCUCAGCGAUUUCGACUCAUCUGCUAUGGAUGAGGCUAGUGAUGAUGAUGGGCCUACAAUCAUAACGGUGGAUGAUGGUUUGGGGGGGAUUAAGCAUAUUCGAGUGUCCCAUCCGCCUGAGUCUCAAUAUGAUACUGGUGAGCCCAUUGACUCGCCCGUUGACGAGGAAGAAGACUCAGGAAUGUCACACAUUGGCAAAAGCAACAAACUGGAGACUAUGGCUCAACCCACCAUUUACAAGGCAUCUGAAGACAUGCCCAUACCCAAAGCCAAAGGUCUGGCCACCUCAAGUGCUGACACUGAACUUAGUGCCUCAAAGAACAGUCUGGGACAUUUGCUGAAACGAGAGUUUGGUUCCCGUAAUCCAUUUCAUAUCGAAACUACUGGAGAGAAGCUUCGUAAGAGAAUUGUAUCAAAGAAGGGCGUGGUGAACAUCAGCAAAGGUCAUUUAGACCAUGGCCAGCGUCGGCGUUUCUUCCGUGACUUUUUUAACACCAUGUUGGAUAUGCGAUGGAGGUAUGUUCUAACCAUCUUUUGCCUGAGCUUCUUCCUCAGUUGGUUGGGCUUUGCCAUAAUUUGGUACCUGAUAUUUUACCUCCACGGUGACUUCGAGCCGGAUCACUUGCCAGAUCAACAAGCCAAAAGUGGGUGGGUGCCUUGCGCUUCCGCUAUUGUUAACUUCGCCUCGUGCUUUUUAUUCAGUCUCGAGACUCAACAAACCAUUGGAUACGGCAGUCGUCAAACCACUGAAGAGUGUCCCGACGCCAUUCUCAUCAUGAGCUUCCAAAGUGUGGUCGGUGUCAUUAUUCAAGCCUGUAUGGUUGGCACCAUUUUUGCCAAGCUGACCCGGCCCAAGAAACGAGCCGAAACGUUAAUGUUCAGUAAAAAUGCCAUCAUUUGUCAACGUGACGGUUACUUGUGUCUUUGCUUCCGUUUGGCCAACAUGCGGUCCUCACAUCUCGUGGAAUGUCAUACCAAAGCUAUUCUGGUGAGCAAGAAGGUCACUGAAGAAGGGGAAGUGAUUCCUUACCAUCAAACGGAGCUCAAUGUGGGCACUGAUCUAGAGGGCGAAGAGGAUACCAUCUUCUUCAUCUGGCCCACCACAAUCACCCACCGCAUUGACGAGGACAGUCCUUUCUACCAUAUGUCGGCGAGGGACUUCCUGAAGAAAAGAUACGAAAUCAUUGUUGUUCUUGAGGGCAUUGUUGAGCCCACAGGAAUGUCGAUCCAAGCCAGAUCCUCGUACUUGCCCAAUGAAAUCCUCUGGGGGUAUGCUUUCAUGAACGUGGUGAACUACAAAUGGCGAGAUGAGCAAUACAAAAUUGAUUACACGGCCUUCAACAAGGUUUGUAAAGUAGAUACACCCACUUGCUCAGCCAAGGUGUUGGCCGAACAAGUUAAGGCUUCCAAAGAGCGGAGUCUGAUUCUGGCGCAACCCAAGCGAUCGGUGGCAUCCAAUCUAGACUAUGGUCUCCAGCAUAGUUCUUCGGACGCCAGCACAAUUCAAGCGUUACUCUCAUCGAAAUACCCUCAUCUCAAUAACAAAAGUGUUCAGCAAAAUAGAGGUUCUUCAUCCGAUUCGGAAGAAAAUACCACGAUUUCCAAUCCUUCCAUUGCUCAUCAUCAGCCAGCUCAGAUGCAUAUCAGAUUUGCCUAAAGUUUGCACUUUCUUGAGAAAGUUAAAAUCCUUAUAUUGAAAUUCAAUGACGAAAAUAGAAAAAAUGUUACUAUUCUCCAUAUGCCAAUGAACCACUAAAUGUGCACGGAGACGCUAAGGUGGAGGAUUAAAAUUCUGAUUCAAGUGAG